CUACAUACAAAUUCCACCUCGGUCUGUGGACACAACAGUCGGAACCGCUUCAUCCGCACACACCAAUCAAGCUAGGAAUUCCAGCCCUGAACAGAUAUGGAAGGCUCGACGACGGCAGCCGCGCCGGCGAAACGGGCGAAACGGACGUUGAGAGUGGCGGCGAUCUCCGGCUCGCUCCGCCGGGCGUCGGCCAACACCGGCCUCAUCCGCGCCGCCGCGAAGCUGUGCGAGGAGUCCAUCCCGGGGCUGCAGAUCGACCACGUCGACAUCUCCGGCCUGCCGCUCGUGAACACGGACCUCGAGAACGCCGGCGGCAGCGUGUUCCCGGCGGCCGUCGAGGCGUUCCGGGACAGGGUCCGCGGCGCCGACUGCUUCCUCUUCGCCUCGCCCGAGUACAACUACUCCAUCUCGGGCCCGCUGAAGAACGCGCUGGACUGGGGGUCGCGGCCGCCGAACGUGUGGGCGGACAGGGCCGCCGCCGUCGUCAGCGCGUCGGGGAAAUCCGGCGGGAAGCGGAUGGUGUACCACGUCCGGCAGGUCGGGGUGUUCCUGGACAUCCACUUCGUCAACAAGCCCGAGGGUUUCGUCCAGGCGAACCAUCCGACCAGCAAGUUCGACGGCGACGGGAACCUGAUCGACCCGGAGACGGAGGAGCAGUUGAGGAGGAUCCUGCUUUCGCUGCAGGCCUUCGCGCUCAGGCUCAUCCACGGCAAAACUGCUGCAGAGUCUGAGCAGGGAAAUUAGUGGCCCUGUCGUCCUCAGCGACCGCUGAAUGAAUUGAUGGAACUCGUGGAGAUGUAGGAAUGUUUUCCGUCUAAAAGAUGUCUGAAUCGCAGUGCUGUCGAACAAUUCGUGGUUAAUAGUCUAAUGUUAUCUCCGAUAUUACAAACUUGUUGAAAGUUAUGAGGAACAACAGAGGAUAUCAAGUA